AUGAAUAAUAUAAUCAACAGUUUCUCCCCUAUUGCAAAAAGAAACCCUAAAAUUAGAACUGAAAAUAUUGAUUUCAAGAUGAAACUAUUUCAAUUUGAACCACUUAAUAUAAAUACGCAACCUAUUAAAUAAAUAAGAAUUAAAAUAGAAAGAAAACUAUCUCCUAUAUUUGAUUAGAAUUACAAUGCACUUUUCUUAAAUAAAAUUAAAGUACAAAAAAUGGCAUUGAAAAAAGCUAAACUCUCUUAAAGUAUAGAUUGUAGAGCAUUGCCAGAAUUAGAUUUAUAAGCUUAGUUAUAAAUUAUAUAACCAACAACUCUCGUAUUACCAUCUACUUAAAGAAAUACUAAUACUUCUACUUAAAAAAGUACUUAUACUUAAAUAACUUAAUCAAAGAAAUUCAAAUUUAAAGANCUUAAACCAAAGUCAGCAAUCUUAAUGCUAGAUAAGUCUUCUAUAUUUUUAAUUAAGAUAUUAUCUAAUUAAGUUAUGUAUUAAAUACCAGGUUUAAUAUCACGAUGA